CAUUUGUGUAAAAUUCUAAAAAAAUAAAAAUGUCUUCUAAACGUUCUACUGGAUUCAUCAACGCUGAAGAUCAAUUACUUGUUGAAAAAUUUCUUGAAAUUUCUCAAGAUCCAAUUACAUCCACCAGCCAAACAUCCGUAGUGUUUUGGAAAAGAGUGGCCGAAGCCUAUAAUGUGCAGAAGAAAGAAGAAUGGGUUCCACGCAGUUUCCGAUCUAUACAGACUCGGAUGGGCAAACUACAGAAAGAAGUCGGACAAUUUCUUGUUUUUGAGAAAGAAGUCGAGAAUUUGCAUCGGAAUGGUGUGUCGGAAUCGGAUAUAUUGAGAGACGCUAGACGAGUGUUUGCGGAAAAAAACAACAAGAGUUUUAGAUUUGAUCAUGUUUAUGAUCAACUAAAAGACUUUGGAAAAUUUAAAGAUCACAAUGAGUGUGUGCCUCCUAGAAAAAUUCCCCGAAAACAUAAUGCAAUACUUGUGUCGUCGUCAUCGGAGAAUUCAACUCCUGAUUCUCAUACAUUGAGUUCAUUUUCUAUUCAUUUAGAUCAUGAGGGUGACGCUGGUGGAUCUUCGUUCAAUUUUACGGAUAAUAAUUUUGAAACUCCACAAGAACAUUUACGUCAUACGGGAAAGAAAUAUAAAAUGAAAAAGAAGAUUGAUGAAACCUUAUAUUCUAAUGUUGAAACCUUAAAAAACUACACAUCACAAGUUGUCGAAAUUAUGAAUAAAACAUGUGAACAAAUGAACGAGUACAAUGUGCUUCAAAAACAAAAAUUAGAAUAUAAAAUGCUCAGACGUGAAGAUAAAAUUUUGGCAAUGGAUCUUAAUGAUAUUCUGGACACGAAUCUUCGUAUGUUAUAUUAUAAUCAACAACAAGAGAUCAUAAGAAAAAGAACAAAAUAGUAUUAACAAAAUUCGACUAGUCGGUACUUGCAUUUUUUCCGAUGGUAUUGGUGCCGGUGACUUAGAUCCGUUCUAAGUAUUGUAUGUUUUAUUUUUAAUGAUUAUAUUUGUUUAUUACUCAUAUAAUUAGUUUUGUAAUGUAUUUUUUCUUUUAAUCCAAUGAAUAUUAUUGUAUACUUAUACAAUAUUGUUAUUUUUAAUUAUAUUA